AUGGUUGGAGCAGACCAUGCUGGCUACACUAGUAGAUUCUAUGAGUUAUCUAGAUUGAUUCCCCACCUGGUGGAUCCUAAGCCAAAAUGGAUUGAGAAGUAUAUUGCUGGGUUAGAACCACAUGUUCGUGUGCAAGUGGUGACUGCUGGUCCGACCACUAUUCGAGAUGUUGUGAGCAAGGCAGGAAGUCUGACUGAAGAACUAGUAAGAAGUGGUAUUUUAAGUAGGGGAGGAAGCAAGAGAAUGGAGUUGGUGGAGAUAAGUAAGAGGAAGGAAUUCAGGGGAGACAAAAGAGCAAGAGUGGGAAGAGUGUAUGCAGCAACUGAGAUGGGCCAGAAGGGUUAUGUUGGCCAGCACCCUUUAUGUGGCAAGUGUAAUCUGCACCAUCUGGCAACUUCACCAUGUAAAACUUGUUUCAACUGUCAAAAGUUUGGCCAUCUUGCAAGAGAUUGUAGAGCACCACGAGUUCAAGCAGCACCACUGAAUGUUCCAGCCCCAGCAGCAGCGAACCCUAACCAACUUCAGAUUGCCGGUCUACCUCCACCAAGAGCAAACCAAGGACAACAAGCCAGAGGUCGGGUCUUUGCCUUAAAUGAUGUGGAAGCUGCUAAUGAUCCUAACGUUGUUACUGGUACAUUUCAUCUAAACGAUCAUGAUGCUACUUUGGUAUUCGAUUUUGGAGCCGACUAUAGUUUCGUGUCCACUAACUUUUUGUGUAACUUAAAUGUGCCAACAUGUUACUUGCAUACUUAUUAUGAGAUAGAGGUAGCUAGUGGUCAACUGGCUAGACUAGACCGUGUAGUGCCUAAAUGUAUUCUUACUCUUGAGGGCUAUUCGUUUUACAUUGACUUGAUUCCGUUUAGAAUGGGUAGCUUUGACGUUAUCGUUGGGAUGGAUUGGUUGUCCCGUGUUGAUGCAUCUAUUGUUUGUCGCGCAAAAACUCUUAGAAUACCUAUGAAUGAUGGGCAUGUACUAGAGAUUCAUGGUGAGCGAACCAAAACCAUCGACCGACAUCUUAUGAGUGCUACCGAAAAAGUAGUCAAGCUAGCUGAUAUUCCUAUCAUGCGUGAUUUCUCCGAUAUUUUUCCUGAUGAUGUGGUGGGAUUACCCCCACCUAGACAAGUCGAGUUUCGCAUUGAUCUUGUACCUAACGCUAUGCCAGUAGCUAAGUAA